AUGGACACAUACAUUUAUUCAAUUGCACAUAAAUUAUAUGAAAUGUAUCUUCAAGACGAAGAGGCUUUCCAUAGUAAACGAGACUAUCCUCAUAAAGAGGUCUUUGCUGAACUACAGAGAUUAAGGAAAAUUUUCUUCCCCGAUUUCUUUAUGAAGCACCAAAACAUAUCAGAAUCUCAUCUUGCUUGUGAAUUAACAAAAUUAGUUGAUCUUAUUAAAAAUUCAGUGGCUGCUUAUAAUGAUGAAUUAUUUGCACACCAAUGCAUUAUGGCAAUAUUAGAAAAACUUCCAUCAAUCAAAAAAAUAUUAAAAACAGAUCUUAUUGCUGCAUAUGCUGGAGAUCCAGCUGCACCAGGUCUUUCAUUGAUAAUAAGAUGUUAUCCUGGAUUUCAAGCAGUGAUUGUUUAUAGAAUAGCUCAUAUAUUAUAUGAAUGUGGAGAAAGAUAUUAUUGUAGAGAAUUGAUGGAAAAUGUUCAUUCAUACACAUCAAUUGAUAUUCAUCCAGGAGCAAGUAUCAAAGGACAUUUCUUUAUAGACCAUGGAGUUGGAGUUGUAAUUGGAGAAACUGCCAUUCUUGGAGAGUGGUGUAGAAUUUAUCAAUCAGUUACUUUAGGAGCAAUGCAUUUCCAAGAAGAAGGUGGAGUGAUUAACCGAGGAACAAAACGACAUCCAACAGUUGGAGAUUAUGUGACUAUAGGAACAGGAGCAAAAGUAUUAGGAAAUAUUAUUGUUGGAAGUCAUGUUCGUAUUGGGGCUAAUUGUUGGAUUGAUAGAAAUAUUGAUAGUAAUCAAACCGUAUAUAUUUCAGAACACCCAACUCAUUUUGUAAAGCCAUGUGCAAAUAAAGGGGUGAAGAGUGAUUGUGAGAUUAUAGCAAUGAUUCCAUCAUCUCCUUCAGCAAAUUCACCAUCGAUUUAA